GCAAGGUUUGUGGAGAGAGAAAGACCAGAGGCAGAAAGACAGUCCACGAGGUCAGCCAGCUCCUACUGCUUUCUGACUGGUCUCUCAGAAGGACUCCAGACCUCUCAUCUCUGCACAUCCCAGAUCUGGAUUUCAGUUCUAGAUCUCUCCAUAUAGAAUUCUGCUGAAGGACAGCAACGUUUUUCUAGGAAGAAGUGACCUUCCAGGAAGGCCGCCUACAACCGGAUCCCACAUAACCCUCCUCUGGAGCAGGCUGAGCCCCUACUCCCCAACAUGGAAGAGACCCCUUACGCUCCGCUGAAUUCAUCCUCUGCCUUUGCCACGUCAUAUCAAACCCUGGGCAGCAUUUUGCCUAAGGUCAACAGGACUGUUGAAAAGGCCUUGAACGAAGGGAAACUGUUGGACGUGGUAUGUGGGAUCAAGGAGACCAUGGCAACAUUGUCCCAAAUCCCAGUGAAUGUCACUGUGACUGGGGACUCGGGCAAUGGCCUGUCAUCUUUCAUCAAUGCACUCCGAAUCAUUGGCCAUGAGGAGGAUGACUCAGCUCCCACUGGGGUGGUGAGGACCACCCAGACACCAGCUAGAUACUCUUCAUCCCACUUUCCCAAUGUGGCACUGUGGGACAUGCCUGGUUUGGGGGCCACAGCCCAAACCAUAGAGAACUACAGUGAAGAGAUGAAAUUCAGCCGAUAUGACUUAUUCAUCAUCAUCGCCUCUGAGCAGUUCAGCUCGAAUCAUGUAAAUCUUGCCCAAGUCAUCCAGAAAAUGGGGAAGAGGUUCUAUAUUGUCUGGACCAAGCUGGACAGGGACCUCAGCCAGUGUGUCCUUUCAGAGAUCCAGCUCCUACAGAGUAUCCAGGAGAAUAUCCAGCAGAGUCUACAGAAGAAGAGGGUGAAUAUACCCCCCAUAUUCCUGGUAUCCAGUCUAGACCCUUUACUACAUGACUUCCCAAAGCUGAGGGACACACUGCAUAAAGACCUCUCCAACAUCAGGUGCUCUGGGCCCUUAAACGCCCUUUCUGGCACCUGUGAGAAGAUCAUUGAUGAUAAAGUGGAUUGCUUGAAGGAGAGAAUAGACAACGGAUGCUCGGAGAAUUCUUUUGGUGUCAGGGAUAAUGAUGACAUGGGAGAGUGUCUGAAAGCGUUCCAAUUGAAAUUUGGUGUGGAUGACAGAUCACUUCAACAGGUGGCCCAGAGUAUGGGGACAGUAGUCGAAGAGUACAAGGCCAACAUGAAGUUCCAAACCCUGCAUACUCUCCAAAGAGGGGACUGGCAACUGAGACUGAUGACUUGUGCAGUCGUGAAUUCGUUCUUCCGAGUUCUUAAAUGUCUCCCAUGCUUAUGUCGUUGUGUCCCCCGUUUCAGACGCUUAAAACUCAAACGCAUGCUUCUGUUAGUUUCCCAGGACACUAAGGCCAUCGUGAAGAAAAUCCUGAGAGACUCCAUCAGCUCUCCUCAAAUCUAGUGUAGGGGUGGUCGGCCGCCUUCUCACAUGGAAGCCAGACUGCCUUGGGUCUGGAUCUAACCUGGAUCCAACCCUACUUCUCCACUAGAAAUCAAGAGAUAUAACAACACUUUCUCUGAGGAUCUAGACCCUUUGAGAGGAGUUAAAAAUCACUCAUUUCACUUGUCUCCACUCUAAUGCACUGUUCUGCUGAGGGACAGGGACAAAUUGUUUAAAAAAAAAUAGUUGAUCAUCUUUCUUAGAUUUGGAAUAUAGAAAAUUUGUUUUCAGUUGUGAAGUGUGAUGUUAGUCUAAAUCAGUUUUCCUCUAAAACAGUAAAGUCAGAUCCUCUUCAUUAACACCUUUUUAUUCUCAUCCUCCUUCCUUUCCCUGGAUACCCCUGCACAGAGGAACACAUAGAUGGAGAAUAUGGUAGCAGCCAUUGUUCUCUGGAUUCUGUUCAGUACUGGGGAAAGGACUCAGACAGUGUUUCUAAUGCAAGCUGCUCAUCUGUCACACAUUCACUGACAGGUACCUAAAAAGAGUAUCUUAAGAGGGAACUCAGAGCCGGGCAGUGGUGGCACAUGCCUUUAAUCCCAGCACUCA